ACGUCCUGCUAAAAUGUAUAGUCCCGCGCCGUAUGUCAACCAAGCAGGAAAUCCUUCUCCAGCGGAUUAAUUGCGGAAUACAAUUAUAGAAUAACGAAGCACCGGCAUGGAAUCAGAGAAACAAGUUCAAUCAACAGGAGAGGAUGUGCCUGACCCAGAGGAGGAGGAGAAGAGGCUGGCGGCCGCAGCCCGGGAAGCCAACCGUUUAUCUGAGCUGCGGCUGGUGCUGUUGGGCUGGAGGUGGCCUGGGAAGAGCCUCACAGGCAACACCAUCCUGGGCCGCGAAGAGUUCCGCCUAGAACGGGCAGCCGAGUUCUGUGUCAAGCGUCAGACUGAGGUGGAGGGGCGCCAGGUGACAGUGAUCGACACGCCGGGCUGGUUCUCAGCCCAGACAACGCCUCUCCUCUACCAGCAGGAGAUGGUACGGGGCGCCUCUAUGUGUGGUCCCCCUGGCCCCCACGCCUUCCUGCUUGUCAUCCCCGUGGGCAUGUUUACUGAGGUGGACCGGGGCCGCAUCGAGGAGCACCUGGCCCUGUUUGGGGAGAGCGUGUGGAGGCAUACUAUCCUAGUGUUCACUUGGGCUGAGGUACUGAGGAACAUGUCCAUCGAGAGACACAUCAAGCGGGAGGGGAAGGAUCUGCAGUGGGUGUUGGAAAAGUGCAAGAGGAGAUACUUUGUCAUCAAUAACUGCAUAUUUGGGGAGCACCCCCAACUGAGGCGGCUCAUGGAGAAGAUAGAGAAGGUGGUGGCGGAGGAGGGCAUCUAUAACCCAGAGGAGGUGGAGGAGAAGAAACAUCUGGACCAAAACCAGAACCAGAACCGGGAGCUUGGGGCAAGGCCCAAAGUGAACUCUGCUGUAGGAUUGGCCAAACUGGACGUGGACCCGCCCCACAAUUCGGUGGAUUGACUGACUGACUAAAGGAGAGAUGGUGAGCCACCACAGCACCGAUUUUUAAGAGCUGCCGGAUCUACAUCCAUACAUCACCCUUAACCUCAAGGCCUGUAUUCACACAUUGUCUCAGUGUUGAUCUAGAAUCAGUUUGCCUUUUUAGAUCAUAAUGAAUGAGACCGGUGAGGGGCGACCUAAUCCUAGAUCAGCACUCGUACUCUGAGACAAUUUCUGAAUACAGACCCAGAUUAUUUUAGAGUUUUAAGAUAUAUUUUUUAAUUUAUAUCAGUGUGAGCGAUACUAUCUGUAACUGGAUGUAGGCCAACAUUAUGCUGUUUGAGACUGUUCCCUCCCACCUAUGACAGCUCUGAUGAAAUGUAUCUAUUUGGGGGUUAGAUUUUUACUCAUUUGGUUUGCACAUGAAAUUUAAAAAGAAAUAUGACCAAGAAAAAAAUCCCAGACAUUCAUACAGGAUGAUGAAAGAAACGUUAAAUGACUUCAGAUGGCCAAUGUGUACUGGUAUUUUAUUUUUUAUUUUACCCUUAUUUAACUAAACAUGUCAGUUAAGAACAAAUUCUUAUUUUUAAUGAUGGCCUAGGAACAGUGGGUUAACUGCCUUGUUCAGGGGCGGAGCGACAGAUUUUGUACUUGUCAACUCGGGGAUUCGAUCUUGCCACUAACAACUAGGCUACCUGCUACCUGCCUAGUGGUUAGAGCGUGGGCCUAGUAUAGGCUACCUGCCCAGUGGUUAGAGCUAGGGUAGAUGGAGGGCCUACCCUUUGCUCCAUGAAGGGAGGAUAAUGGGAAAACUACAGUACGAGACAAGGGUCUCUGAGGCUGGGAAAGAGACAGGGAAGUCUCUAUGAUACUUCUUAACCAAGUAUUUACAGUACAUACUAGACAGCAGAGCUCUACAGAGCAACCAUUUUACUCUCAUAUGCAUCCAAAAAUAGAUGUGUUGAUCAAGUAUGAGCACAUGUGCGACUUGUGAUUUAUUGCCCCAGAAAAUAACUGCUGUAGACAUUUUCAAAGUAUUUGUUUGUGUGAUUAGCUACCUUUUUAUGAAACAAAACAAAGAACUAUGAAAUCCAUAUAGCUAUCCCACCUCGAGCAGCAACAGUGCCUGGGUGGGCUGUGCGCACUGAGGGAAGUGCUGAACGAUACAUUUUUAAGAAGCGCACUGGCAUAAAAGUUGGUCGAAUUUUCCCGAAAGUCUACUAAAGUGGGACUUUGUCCUCGUGUUUCUUGGCAGUGUACGUCGUUUUGUUCACUCUCUAGUUUUUUUUAUUUUUAUGUUAAGAGUUUGCUCAACUGCUAGCGAAGAGACACGUCGGAAAAUAUCUCUCACAGACAGACAUGUGAGUCGCCCUGUUACAACGGUGAAGGCCCUCCUGUUAAAGAGGCAGCUGAACAUUUGUCUCGCCUAAGUGACUCAAAUAUUUCAGGUUAAAUUGUAAUUGGUUGAGCAUGGAACACUCUUAAAACUCCUAAAUUUUUCUAUUUAGGAGCACAUGUGCUCAUUGUAAAACAUGUUAGUGUAGAGCCCUGGACAGGUAUUCUCUACAAUUGCACUACUAGAUUUGAAAAUGUUUAAUAAUUGUCUGCGAAAAUGUUAUUCAGGGAAAUUGUGUGUGGAAAAGUUACCCAGUUGUGACCAAACCUAAAUUGGCAUUUUAGACAAUGUUUUAUCAAGCACUUGAAGUGCAGGUACUGUUUUACUCUACUAGUAGAGAAUCCAAAUAUCCAUGUCUGGGUUUUGUUCAUGGGUGUGAAAUGUUACAUAAAUAUACAAAAUCCACAUGUAUCAAACCCAACCUUCUAUGCAAGCGUAUAGCUACUGAAAUGUAAUUUAAAAUGCAAUUGUGUAAUGAUAAAUUAAUGACACAUUGCGUUUCAUUUUUAUACAGCAUUUUGGCAGUUGUAUGCUUCCAUAACACUCUAAGUAGGUUCGCUUAAUUACUUGAUUGGUUAGAAAUGAAACAUGAUGUAGAAUUGCAACAUGGCCCGUGUUGAUAGCAUUGCGAUAGGGUUAACACUGUGUGUACAAGUAUGUCUCUUAUCAUAUCAUUAUUGUCAUCAUAUUAUAAUUGUAUAUCAUUAUAUACUGUAGGUCUUUUAUUCUUAAUUUCUUCAUAUUCUGACAACCAAUACUAGCUACUGGUAGGUACUAGCACUAACUCACAUCCAGUGGUUGGUGUAAUACGUAUUUCUUUCCAUGUUGAUAAUAUAUACAAACCCUUUCACAAUCUCUAUACUGAUGAUACGCAUUGAUGUUACAUAUUAUUCUGUUAGCUCCACUUACGGGAAUGCACAUGUGCUGUAAGGAUUCUGAGUCGAGCAAAGUAUCAGCACAGAAAUAUCUUUAAAAGUUCUGUUUCGAGUUCCCGCUGGUUGAAUGAUUUAUCAGAGGGAGAUGCGGUAGGUGUCACCUCUAGUCGGUGCAACUUGAGUAGUCUUUUCUUUCCCUUUAUAAUUGAUGCUGUUUUGUUUGUGUGAGAAAACUAUGAUUUCUAUAUUUUGUCUAUUGCUGUAGUAGACAAUUCUAUCUUUCCUAAAGUAUUCACAAAUAAAGUGUAUGUUUUGCUGGAAUGUAUGUGAA